GUUAACAACUAUACAUGCAGUUGCAUCCCUGGAUAUACUGGACGCAAUUGCUCUACAGAUAUCAACGAAUGCUCAAUAAAUCCCUGUGCAAAUGGUGGAACAUGUAUAGAUAAGGUCAACAACUACAAUUGCAGCUGCAUCCCUGGAUAUACUGGACGCAAUUGCUCCACAAAUAUCGACGAAUGCGAACCGAAUCCCUGUCAAAAUGGCGCAACAUGUGCAGAUGAGGUUAACAACUAUACUUGCAGCUGUAUCGCUGGAUACACAGGACGCAAUUGCUCAAUAGAUAUCAACGAAUGCGAAAUGAACCCCUGUGAAAAUGGCGCCACAUGUUCAGAUGAGGUCAACAAAUAUACUUGCAGCUGUGUCCCUGGAUACACAGGACGCAAUUGCUCAAUAGAUAUCAACGAAUGCGCACCGAAUCCCUGUGAAAAUGGAGGAACAUGUAAAGAUCAGAUCAACGACUAUACUUGCAGCUGUGUCCCAGGACACACUGGACGCAACUGUUCCACAAAUAUCAACGAAUGCGAKACGAASCCCUGUGAAAAUGGCGGGACAUGUAUAGAUAAAGUCAACAACUAUACUUGCAGCUGUGUGCUUGGAUAUUCUGGACGCAAUUGUUCCACAAAUAUCAACGAAUGCGCACUGAAUCCCUGUGAAAAUGGCGCAACAUGUACAGAUGAGGUUAACAACUAUACAUGCAGUUGCAUCCCUGGAUAUACUGGACGCAAUUGCUCUACAG